AGAGAUUCGGUUCAAGGUGUGGUCAUUCGGUUCAUUGAAGAUUCGGUCAGGUGUGCUGGUGCUGAUCGGGUCUAUUGGAACGUAUUGGAACUAGCGACUCACUUGUAGCGAUAGUGAACAAGAUUUGGUGGUGUUUGCAAGAUGCCUAUCGAAAAUUUGGAAGAAGAAGGGUUGGAGAAGAAUCCCAAACUAAUUCUAGCGCAAUGGAAGUUCUUAUUGGGAUCUCCCGAUUUUGCUCAAAAGAAAGAAAUUACAGCACGGUUGAUGGACAGCAUACGAGCAGAAAACAUGGCUCCGUUUUAUGAAGAAUGCUGUCAGAGCCUGAACUGGGCGCCUGAUACAGCAUUGCUUGAAAGAAUGAAAGCAGCAAAUGCAGCGAAGUUAAAAGAAUUGGAUGAUGCUAUUGAAGAUGCUGAAAAGAAUUUGGGAGAAAUGGAAGUCAGAGAAGCGAAUCUCAAGAAAGCAGAACAUUUGUGUCGAAUUGGUGACAAGGAAGCAGCAUUGAGUGCAUUUCGGAAAACCUAUGACAAAACAGUCUCUCUUGGACACAGGCUUGAUAUUGUCUUCCAUUUAAUUCGUAUUGGAUUCUUCUACCUUGAUCAUGAUCUAAUAACUAGGAACAUUGAAAAGGCUCAGAGCUUAAUUGAAGAAGGUGGUGAUUGGGAUCGUCGAAAUAGAUUGAAAGUUUACCAGGGAACAUACUGUAUGCUCAUUCGUGACUUCAAAGCUGCCUCAACCUUUUUCCUAGAUACUAUAUCUACUUUCACCUCGUAUGAAUUGAUGGAUUACAGUGGAUUUGUUCGUUACACAGUUUAUAUCUGUAUGAUUUCCCUACCACGUAAUGAACUGAGGGACAAGAUCAUUCGAGGCUCUGAAAUAUUGGAAGUAUUACAUACCAACCCCGAUGUUAGAUCUUAUUUGUUUUCUUUGUAUAAUUGUCAGUAUGCAGAAUUUUUUAAGAACUUGGCUGUAGUAGAAAAGCUGUUGAAAUUUGAUUUCUUCCUUUUCCCCCAUUACCGCUACUACGUAAGGGAAAUGAGGAUCAUGGCAUACUCACAGUUACUGGAAUCAUAUCGAAGUUUGACUUUACAAUAUAUGGCUGAUGCAUUUGGUGUCACUGUCGAUUUUAUUGAUCAGGAACUCUCCAGGUUUAUUGCAGCUGGUCGUCUGCAUUGUAAAGUUGAUAAAGUUGGUGGAGUUGUGGAAACGAAUCGCCCAGAUUCGAAGAAUUGGCAGUAUCAAGCCACGAUCAAACAAGGGGACUUAUUGCUGAACAGAGUGCAGAAGUUAUCUAGGGUCAUUAAUAUUUAAUGAGUGCAAGUGCCUUUUUCUGACAGUGUUUUAAGACUAACAGGAAAUAAUAUAGGACACUUGUAUUAACAACAAACACUUGUAUCUUAAUAGGGAUUUCUCCAAAGUUCAGGGAUUAAGCUCAUAUUUUUGAAACUAUAUUACUAAUCUUCAAUGUUACACUUUCAUUUUUCACAAUCUUGCUUUAAUUUCAUGCACCUAUCCAAUAUAAAACUAAUUUCUGCUAUCCAUCUUCUAAAGCCUUUUGAUUGUAUUUUGAUCCAUUGGUUAACAUUGGAUCAUUUCAAUCGUGUGAUGUCUACAAUUGAAGAAUUUUAACAUCAGAAGUGAAUGACCUUUUUCUAAAACCUAGUGUGCUGUGUGGUAGAAAAUUAUUCCUAGAACUUUGGAAACAUCUCUACAUACUUGCUGACUCAAAUGCAUUUUGGGUGGCAUAAAUACAAUUGAUUUGAACUUACCAAGUCUACUUUGUAUUUGAACUCCUUUUCCUCCAGUAACUUCCGUUUAGAUAUAUUUUUAAUUGGGACAAUUUCAAAUUUUAAAAUUGAUUCUGCACAGUUGUUUUACUAGCAUUCGUUGACCUCUAUGUAAAAGGACACCAGUGCAAAGAUAAGGAUACAGAAGCAAAAUGAAAGCUUGAUGUAGUUACAUUGACGGUCACUAGGAUACUUGAAGCACAAUUAGAUAUCACAUGGUUUUAAGUGUCACAACUAUCAACAAACCACUUGUUGACAGAACCUGGAACAUAGGGUAUUGAAUCCUGUUAUAAAAAAUCUGUUCUGAUGUAGUUUCAAGAAUAAAGAGGCUAAAUAUUUUGAGUAGUGGUAUGAGAGUUUAAUUAUGAAAUCAUUCCUUG